AUGACACCAGACUUUCCCAAGAAGCAUGACCAUAUAGUCCAGAUGGAGCAGUUCUUGAGUCCAAACCAGACAACAGACCAGUUCAGAGGUAAUGUGUGCCACAGCCCUGCACCACCUCUGGCUCGUCCCAUGCUGGGCAGGACCCAGGCCUUCCUCGACCCCAAAGCCCUCCUCCCCUUCCAUCUGCUUCCUGGCUUCACCGAUAUGGAUCACAUCCACAAAGCUUUGAUCAGCCCGAGCUACAGGUUAGCUUCGCCUCUGAAGAAGAAGCCUAGCUCGUGCGGUGUCUUUCGAGUGAGAUUCUACUCACAGGCUCAGGCUUCCUCCUAUGUCAGUCGCACGAGGCACACGAAAAGGCUCAAAGCUCUGGAUGCCCCAGAUUCAAAGAUCAAGUCCUCUGAACCAGUCGUCGAGAAAACCACAUCACAAAUCCUCUCGUCGCCCUGCUCUCAGCCCUCCAGCUUCGACACAACAUCAAACGACACAGCAUCAGUGACCAUUGGUCUUUGUGAAACAGAGGCUUCUAACCACUCCCUGCCGCCCAGUCCAAGGCCAACAGAAAACGAGACACUAAAGAAAGCAGAGGAAGAGGUUCCAGAGACAGAAGAAGAGAAAGCAAAACGCCUCCUCUACUGUUCCCUCUGUAGAGUGGCGGUCAACUCGGCCUCGCAGCUUCAGGCUCACAAAAGUGGUACUAAGCACAAAACCAUGCUUGAAGCCAGAAGUGGCAACGGAGCCAUCAAGUCGUUCCCAAGGAUAGGGGUCAAAUCCAAGAUGGCUGCUCCGUCGGAGUCAUCCACAGGGCUGCAGAACAAAACUUUCCACUGUGAAAUCUGCGAUGUACAUGUGAACUCUGAAACUCAGCUCAAACAGCACAUCAGCAGCAGGAGGCACAAGGACAGAGCAGCAGGUAAACCGGCCAAGCCCAAAUUCAGCCCCUACACUCCCAUCGAGCGUCACCAGAGUCUUCAGGCAAUAAGACUUACUCUACGGAAGAACCAGGAUCUGAGCAAACCUCUGGCCUCCUGUCUCUUACAACGCCACCUGUCCGUCGCUACUUCUGCCGCCCUGGCACCGUUGACGCCGUUCCCCCUCCAGCCAACCACAAACUCAAGCCCCGCCCUAUUUCACGGUCAGCCCCUCCCCCAGGCGCUGCUUCACCCAGCAGCUGGACCCAUCUGUUCACCACACACAUCAAUUCUCUUUUCCCCGUACUGACCCCGGAGAGUCUGCGGAGAAACGCGCGCAUAAGACCUGAACAAAAUAAGAGAUAAGACGGCACCGAGAAGUAUUUGAAGCAAAGAUCAUGAGACAGGUUGGGACUGAAGAGGUGGAGAGAAGCAAAUGGCUUGGAGACAAAGUAGUUACAGAUGUGAGAGUGUGUGCGUGAUGUAUGGGUGGAUGCACAGAUGUAGCUGUCAGAGUGGUGCACUAGAUAUAAAAAGA